AUGUUCUGCGUCGACGCGCUCGACGUUGCCGCCGACCUCGCCCUCCCCGCCUACUUCUUCUUCGCCUCCGCCGCCAGCGACCUCGCCGUGUUCCUCAACUUGCCGUACCUCUACCCCGGCCUGCCGUCGUUCAAGGACAUGGGCGAGGCGCUCGUGCACAGCCCCGGCAUGCGCCCGGUCCGCGCGGCGGACAUGCCGCUGUCGGUGCAGGACAAGGAGAGCGACAUGACCAAAGCCCGGAUGUACCAGUUCAAGCGCAUCGCGGAGGGGAGGGGCGUGCUGGUCAACACCUUCGACUGGCUGGAGCCCACGGCCCUGAGAGCGCUCGCCGACGGCGUCUGCGUGCCCGACCGGCCGACGCCGAGGGUGUACUGCAUCGGGCCAUUGGUCAACGACGGCAAGAAGAGCGGGGACGGCGAGACGCGGCACGAGUGCCUCGCGUGGCUGGACGCGCAGCCGGAGCGGAGCGUGGUGUUCCUCUGCUUCGGCAGCAUCGGCGCCGUGUCCGCGGCGCAGCUGAAGGAGAUAGCUCAUGGGCUGGAGAGCUCCGGCCAUCGCUUCCUGUGGGUCGUACGGAGCCCACCGGCGGACCCGGCCGACGUCUUCCAGCCGCGCCCGGAGCCAGACCUGGACGCGCUCCUCCCCGAGGGGUUCACGGAGAGGACACGGGACAGAGGGAUGGUGCUGAAGAUGUGGGCGCCGCAGGCGGAGGUACUCCGGCACGCCGCCACCGGCGCCUUCGUGACGCACUGCGGCUGGAACUCGGCGCUGGAGGCGAUCAUGGCCGGGGUGCCGAUGAUAUGCUACCCGAUGUACGCCGAGCAGGCGAUGAACAAGGUGUUCAUGGUGGAGGAGAUGAAGAUCGCCGUGCCGUUGGAGGGGUACGAGAAGAGAAUGGUGAAGGCGGAGGAGAUAGAGGCCAAGCUGAGGCUGGUGAUGGAGACUGAGGAAGGGAGGGAGCUCCGGGAGACGCUUGCGACGGCGAGGAAGAUGGCGUCGGACGCCAUCGGCGACGGCGGGUCUUCCGAAGUGGCAUUCGCCGAGUUCUUGAGAGAUUUGGAGAAUGGAGGAUGCAACAAUUGA